GAUGCCUGCGGAGGAGGCUAAAUUUGACCUAAUCUAGGUAAAAUUGUUCGUGUUUUUCGUACGUUUUGAUAAUCUAUCAAUAGAAUUUGCAAUGGAUGAAGCAACCGAGGCUUCUAAAUGUAAGGAGGUCCAUGAAGGAAAGGCGAAAAUAACGUUUACUAAUCCUAACGAGGUGUUUUAUAACCCUGUCCAAGUAUUCAACAGGGACUUGAGCGUUGCUUGCAUACAGGUUUACACCGAGGAACUUUUCCCGUUAACUGUCAAGUUCAAGAAGAAAAAACGCAAGGAGUGUAUUGAGAAGGAUGUAGCUGGUGAACAGGCUAGUACUGGAAGCAAUACAGACCCUGGUAUAGUCCUGUUUGAAGGGCUAGCAGCAUCUGGAUUGCGUUCAAUCAGAUACGCUUUAGAAGUUCCUGGAGUUGAAGAGAUUGUUGCAAGUGAUAUAAGUUCCGAAGCCUUUCAGCUGAUGUCAAAAAAUGUAAUAGACAAUCAAGUGUCUCACAUUGUCAAACCUUUGCAAAUGGAUGCUAGUUUGGUGAUGUACCAGAAGAGACAUCCAGUUCAAUGCAGGUUUGAUGUGAUUGAUCUUGACCCCUAUGGUUCACCUGCAGAGUUUCUGGAUGGUGCCGUUCAAUCUAUCAGCGAUGGUGGUAUGUUGGCUGUAACCUGUACCGACAUGGCAGUGCUCUGUGGUAACCACAGCGAGGCAUGCUAUGCAAAAUAUGGUAGCAUGUCAUUGAAAGGGAAAUUUUGCCAUGAAAUGGCAUUGAGGAUUCUUCUAUCUUGUAUCGACUCUCACGCGAACCACUACAAGCGUUAUAUUGUUCCCUUAGUUUCUGUUAGCGCAGAUUUCUAUAUCCGCGUCUUUUUGCAAGUGUUCACAAGCGCUGCUGAGGUGAAGAGAUCUGCAAGCAAGAAAUCCUUAGUCUACCAUUGUUUGGGCUGCGGAAGCUGUUUCUUUCAACCAGUUGGGAAGCGUAUAGAACAGGGAAAUUCGAAGAAGUAUCCCCCUGGUACCGGGCCUCCGGUAGGGCAGACCUGCCCGGAGUGUGGACGAAAGUUUCAUCUUGGAGGCCCGAUAUGGUCCGAACCUAUUCACAACUUAGAUUUCGUGAAUAAGGUCUUGAAUAAAGUGAAGAAGAGCCAUGAGAACUAUAAAACAUCAGAAAGAAUAAUCGGUAUGCUCACCCUCAUUUCAGAAGAGCUUCCUCAUUCACCCUUAUAUCAUACCCUCGAUCAACUCAGUUCUGUCGUUCAUUGUACCACACCAUCCAUGAUUCAAUUGCGGUCAGCUAUAAUGAGAUGCGGCUAUGAAGUCUCGGGAUCGCACGCCGCGAAGUCGGCUGUGAAGACGAACGCACCUAAUAAUGUCAUCUGGGAUAUAAUGAGAGAAUGGGUAAAGAGACAUCCCUUAAAGAAGGAACAUGAAAAUUCUCCGGGUCAUGCAAUAUUGAGUAAACCACCGCAGACAGAAGUGAGCUUUGAGUUUCAACCCGGCGCCAAUCCCACUUCAAGACAACUCAAAAUGACGCGAUUUCCUGAAAAUCCUGAGCCAGAAUGGGGACCAAAGGCAAGAGCUCGCAAAUGUGUCGAUGAUUCCGACGAGCUUGCGGAUAAACGCAAGAGAAAUCAAGGCAAGCGAAAAACACCGUCCUACAACGAAGAAAGAUUAAAGAAUUUUGAAUGCAAAAGGUUCAAAAAAGGUUUGUGUUCGUUGGGUGAUGCAUGUAAAUAUUCCCAUCCUUCAGAGGAAGUCAGCUUAGAGACAGAAGAGAACAAAAAUUAUGAUGAAAUAUCAUGACAGUCUAGUAGAUGAAAGUACAUGUUCGUGUCGGAGUGAAAACGUUGCGUGAAAUGUCACUUUGCGUCUAAAAAAUCGCAUUCAAACAUGGCAGAUCAUGUGUCCUCAAAGUCCCGUAGACAAAUUGUAUUAACCUUGCUAAGAAAUAGGUUUCUGAAGACGGUUAUUUCUUUCUGAGGCAGUGAAAACGCUACAUCAGUUCCUUAACAAUAAGAUAUUUAUUGAACAAUUUUAAACAAUUCGUAUAUAAUUAUAGUAAAUAAUCAGAGUUCAUAUAAACAAAUAGAAUGUAUAUUGAACAGAAAACUAAUUUACAUCGAGACAAACAAUCCAGUACAGUAUUUAUAUACUGAAAGUCAUUUGUUUUUGCAACGCAUAAUUUAAAACUUGUCAAAGUUUGAAGUAUUGAUUUCAGCGUGCUGAUUUUCAAAGCCGGUUCAUUAUUCUCUUAGCAUGUCCACGAGUAAAAAACAAGAUUAAAAAGCUUUGAAUAAUUCAAAGCCACAAUAGACAAGUUCAUGUGAAUUUUCGUUGAAAAAACAGUUCACAGUUUAAAGACAACGUUUUAGCAAAUACGAUUCUCCUUAGCAAGAUCAAUGCAAGAUCAACUGAUGUGUAAAAUGAAAGAAGUGUUUAGAUAACAAGGGAGUUUUUAUCUAGAAAAUUCGCAAAGUUUUGCUAAGUACUGUAAAGUUGUCUUUAAACUGCUAUUGACUAUAUUGUUACAUGAAGUACUUCUGUAUAAUUCUACAUACCAAUUUGUAUCUUUCUAUUAAUUUGCUGUUCACUGUUCAGUAAGAAUAGAGACCGUUUUUAGUUUUU